AUGAAUACGAUGAAACUAUCACUAUCCACUCUCGUAAUCUUCAUUGUACUAAAAGUAAUAGAAUGUUUUCCAUUAGAAACUUCCAACGAACGAAGAGAGAGACAAUUGUCAUAUUUUGAUAUUCUUCCAUCUAAAUUAGAUUACAAUAACCUAGAAUUAACUAACGGCAACUACAUGCCUCUCACUAUAGAAGAUAAUCCUCUAAGUAGGGCCGUUCCGUCUAGAAAACAAAACUACGACUCGCCAGUUUAUUAUAUUAGAAUGCCCCCACAACCUUACGUUUUCGUUUCCGGUAUCGGGUACGUCUCUCCCCCAGUAUCUCACCCGAUGUCACAACUUUUAAAUAUUCCCGUGCCGUUUGUUUCGAACGGUAAACCUAAUUCUAUAUAUCAAUGGUCCGGGGGAUUUCAAAAUUUUCCCACCGAAGUUGCCCCUACGUAUCCUAGUUAUACUCAAGUUAAACCUAAACCUCAGGAAUCUACGAAGAAGCCUUUAGCGGAUUCUACUAUUCAUAGAUUACCAGGAAAUUUCGCUUUCAAUGGAAAACCUGAAGAUAUUUAUGUUUUAAGAGACUCUUAUAAUUCGUUGUUGAGUGAUGUUUUACAAAACGUAUAUCCUUAA